UUCCUUUCAAGUUUAGCAAUGCCGCCUGCGCCAUCUUCCUCUCGCGCUCUCAAUGCCAUAUUACCUCAGAUUGCGACUGCUCCGUACGAAGCACAUCAGAAAGCAAGAACAUUCGCAUCUCGAUAUGUGAAAUCUGGGCAGCAUGAUGUUGCUAUCGACGUCCUUUUCCAAAGUGCCCGCGAACUUUUCAAGGCCGGCCAAGCGGGGAGCGGUGUUGAUCUGACUGGCUUUCUGCUGGAGGUCUACGAGACCAAGGGCGAAACUGUCUCAGACGAGAGUAGAGGACGAUUGACACAACUUAUUGCCCUUGCUGGAACGGAAGGAGCGUGGAGAAAAACCAUCAUCGACAAAUCCCUAGCAUUUGACCAUUCGGCUGCAGCUGGUCGACAAUGCAUGGGGCAAGUCCUGCUGGUGAUGCCGAGCUGCAUCAUUAUGUUGGAGAGCUGCUCUAUAAAGGCAAAGGGCGCUUUCGAAGCUGCGGAGCCCCACUUUCUUGCCUCAAGUAAACGCGACAGUGCCCGCUUGCUUGCUGAAAUGUUCUUGGAGUGGUCUGCAGUAGACAUAGACUCUUUGGGUGCAUUUUCGCUGCGCGGGACCUUACCAUAUCUGUUGAAUGGCAAUAUUCUCUGUGCACGCACCUUCAUAACUCAGUUUGUCACCUCCCUUCCACGAGCUUCAGACCCCCCACUCUCUGUUGGCCCUGAUGCUCAGGUCAUCCUCGUUCAAGACCCCGUCGUCAACUUUGCUCAACUCGCAGUGCUUACCUGUCAACGAGCCCAAGGGGACCGCAAUAAGGCAGUCAGAGAGAGCUGGGUGCGGCUCUGUGGGACAUAUCAGAGCAAGGGUGGGCUUCUUGCCAGUCCAGAAGUCCGCGGGGCGCUUAACGAAAUCGCCACCUUAUAUUUCGCCUUUCCUCCGCCGCGUGGGCAAGCUGGCAAUCCUCUGGGAGACAUGCUUUCUUCGCUACUCGGUGGCGGAUCGUCGGGCGGUCCAGCAAGACGAGCAUUAGCGCCAGCAGCAGCACUGACAGCCAGUGGGUUGGAUUAG